CCAAGUUCUGCGAUGAUGUCAUCCUAGCUCUAGCCUGCUGGGUCCUGUGGCUGGCUGCACCCCAGACGGCCUCAGCUGCUCAAGCCAGAGGCUCCACUUCCUUCCCAACCCCCAUGCAGCCUCCCGAGUGGGGGAGAGAGUGGACACAGGGCCUGGUGGGGGCAUCUGGGACAGGCUUCAUAUAGGCCUAGCUUCUCGCUGACCACUUGGACCCCUCCUGGGCCGCAGCCAUGAAACUGCCCAAGGGGGCCAGGAACUCGAUGUUCUAUGGGCAGCACCCGGAGGAGGAAGUUCAGGUGCCCUCGUGGCAGGAGAUAAAGCAGAGCCCGGUGAUCAUGGCAAUGAUCAGAGGUCCGGGCCCUGCCAAGUACCUCCGGCCGUCCUGCACGGGCUACUUAGACCAUGACAUCUCCAUGUUCCAGGAGCCGGCCUGUACUCUGCACGCCAGGCACUCGGAGAAGCGGAUCAUGGACAUUUGCAGCUCGGGGCCUUGCUGUUUCUUGGAUCCCAAAAUAACUCGGUUUGGAAUGUCCAGCUGCCCGCAAGUCCCCAUGGAGGAGCGCAUCUCUAACCUGCGCCUGAGCCCCAACCCAGCCUCCUGCCAUUACUACUUGGAGAAGAUCCACCCGCCUGGGGAACGCAGGGCUCCCCAGUAUGCCUUCGGCCACCGGUGCCCGUACAGAGUGCUGGACCCCAAUCCAGCCCCCAACCAGUACCAGCUGCCCCUCUUGUUGGGGCCCAGCAACCCUGUCAGCCGAGCUGCUCCUUGCUAUAGUCUUUCCUCGGAGCACAAGAGCUGGUUCUACAAGGAGAACGUGGCAGGGGGCCCUGGGCCAGCCGCGCACUCCCGGCCCGAGCCCUCCGUCUACCAGAACCGCAGCCCCACGUACAGCAUGGCCAAGCGAUUUGCCUACCCCAUGGACCGCACGCCUCGGCCCGGCCCUGGCUCCCACAACGCCCAGCAGGUGACGGUGCACAAGCCCUGCGCCCCCGCUUUCUCCAUGGGCAUCAAGCACUCGCCCCACCUGUGCCCGCUGGUCAUCGACAUUCAGGACUAGGGCCCUCCCGCUGCCUGCACCCGCCCCUCCCCGCAGAAGGUAUUUUUCUAUAUUGAACUGAGCAGCUCGCUGAGGUCUCCCGUAGCAGAGCCGGUGUGUCUAGUGCACAGAAGGCAUCAGAUAAAUGUUUUCACUUAUUUAAUUUUUCA